ACUAGUUACUAUUUCGUUACGUCAUAAUCAGUCGCCGGAAGUCAGACAGGGUUGUCCGGUACGAUGGCAGGUCUCCUGAAAAAGUCAACCGGACUGGUUGGACUGGCGGUGGCCCAAAAUCCACAUGAGCGCCUGAAGGUUCUCUACUCCAAAAUCCUGGCCUCUCUCCAAACCAUGCCACAGGAUGCUGCCUACAGGAAGUACACCGAACAGCUUGUCAAUGAGAAGUUUGGCCACGUCAAAUCGGAGCCUGAUGUUGAAAAGUUGGAGAAAAAGAUCAAUUGCGGACAGAUUGAAGAGGUCAUUUUCCAGGCAGAGUGUGAGCUGGCUUUGUCAAGGAAGAUGUCUGACUGGAAACCAUGGGAGCCGCUGAUAGAUGAGCCUCCUCCCAACCAGUGGAAGUGGCCUAUCUGAAAGCACCUGUAUAUAGUACUGUCAUUAAUCAAAUGUAAUAAAAAAAAAAACCACG